AUGGUUUCUAUGGUAAUCAACAAACAAUUAGUUGACAAAAUGUCAGAAUAUUUUGAUCUUAUUAAAUCAGCUAAGAAAACUUCUAUAAUUCAAGAUGGAAAAAGAAAAGUACACUUUUUACUAUCAGACGGAAGAGAAUUAGUUGAAGAAUAUAAUUUAAACGAUAAUAUACUAAGUAGAAGAGCAUGGAGACAAAAAACUAAAUUAGGACGUGAUCAAGGUUGGGAAGUUGAAGUCGGAGAUCCUGAGCCUAAAUCUUCUGGUAUUGAUAUCGGAAUCCGUGAAAAUGUUACUAAUCCAAUUAUUUCAAGGAAAAUUUCAAAAUUAUCUUUAGAAUGGAGAAUACGAAAUUUGCCAUACCCAAAAGAAGUUUUUAGCGUAUUGAUAAAUGCCGCAAAAGACAAAAUAAUUGUCAAGACUUCUAAUAAAAAAUUUUAUAAAGAAAUAACAGUUCCUGAUUUAGAAAGAAAUAAUUUGAAACUUGAUCAAGAUCGGCUUAGUUUUGAUCACAAGUUUAAUUCGCUGAUUAUUACCUACAAAAAACCUCCAGCAUUAUUAGAGCUAGAGAAGAAAAUUUUAAAUGAAGUUUUGAGGCUGAAAGCUGUAAAAGAAAGUGACGUUCAAUGUCCAACAAGUUAA